ACAGAUUUCAUUAUUACUGAAAUAACGUCAACCUUCUGACAAAAGUUGUUUAAAUUCUCGUCUGACAUAUCUGAACCAAACUUCUAGCCGAAUUCCAGGCUCUUUCAAUUCGAAACAUGAACACAAAUGGAGGAGGUUGCAGCCCAAAAUGUCCAUCCAAGAAAGACACUGGAAGAUCAAGAACUAGGACUACAACCAGAACAAAUGUCGCUUCUGUUUCGAAAAGCCCCUUAUAUGUUGAUGGCGCAACCCUGAACGCCAUGAUGGCAAACUUGGAAACAUUUGGUCAUGGUCUUGGACAGUUUUCACCCCAAAGAAGUGGAGAACGGUAUGGCACUGGAAGAGUUCCCUAUUCAUCUCUUUCCUCCCCUCAAGGUAUGAGCACUCUUCAUAGUCACCAUGAAGCUUUUGGGCCCCAAAUGGAUUAUAACCUUAACUGGGCACCCAGGGAUGCUGAAUCAGAAUUAGCUGAUAAGACUACUACUUCACAAGAUGAUACGAACAGGUUACUUUUGACGGAAGAAGAACUAGCUGCAGAUGUAGGAGACGAAUCAAUAGACUCCAAGAGAAGAGAGUCCAUUAUAGAAUGGUUUGAUCGUUCGGUAGAAAACGAAUUAGAAAAACGUCGAGAUAAAGAUACCAGUGUAAUAAAAAAAUCGCCAUGUGCGGAAAAAAUAGAAGAAGCUGCUGCUGCAGCAGCUGCAUCUCCUAAAAGUCCAAAUGCUAUGAGAGGACUUGCAGAAGCUACUGCAAGUGGAGUGGAGAUAAUAGGAGAACUGUUGCGAGAGAAGGAUGCCGACCUUAUUGAAGCAGUAGAGAAGUUAGCCACAGCAGAGGCUAUGUGUAAUUUUGCUGGAGCAGUGGAAGCUGCGGAGGAAGCAUGCAAAAGUGUUCCAGCAGAGUGUGCAGAAGAAGCUGCCGCUGCAGGAGUCAGGGGUUAUCAAAGAGAGAUUACAAAUAUCGUACAACAAACGAUCCCCGGCGAACAUCCCAUUGAAGUUGUUGGCUAUGUUGGUGUUACAAGACCAAAGAAUCCUAGGAAACCUACGCACUAAUUUUUGAAAUUAUAUGUAUAUCUAAAUAGAUCAAAUCAUUUAUUUUGAUCCAA